UUUGUGUAACAAAAAAAAAAAAAAAAUAUGUCAGCUGCAGUCAGCUGUCAUGUCAUUUCGUCAAUUUUCUGUCAAAAAUUCUCAUUUCUGACAAGAAGAUUAAAACAUAACCAAAAAUGAAGCAAAAAUUGACCUUUUGUGAUAUUUGUCUAUAACAAUUAUGAAAGUUUUUCACGUUUUAGUAAUUUAUUUCAAAAUAUUUUAAAGGUUAACUAUGACCAAAUUAUGGUCAAAUACAACAAUAAAUUUUUGCCUGUAGUCUUUAUAACAAGAAUUCUUUAAUGUUGCCAUGGAUACGGGAGCACAUUGUGGACGCCUGGCAUAGCAGAAAGAGUUCAAGGGCCCAGAGGAGGUCCUUGAUUCUUUCUUCCAUCAGAUCAGGGGUUCCUGACAAUCGUAACAACGCAAUGCACCUGGCAUCGUCCUCAACACUUGAAACUUUUACCAUUAAAAUAAUAAGUUUGGAAGGAUCUGUUUUUGAAACAACAGUAAAACCAGAUUUUACAAUUGAAAAAGUGAAAACAAUUGCAAUGAAACAUUUUUACGAACAAGAUGAUUCUAAAUCUGCUUCCAAUUUUCGUCUCAUACAUGCAAAUAAUUUAAAAACACUUGCUGAUGAUCAUAAAUUAACUGAAGAAGACUGCCAAAAUUUUGAUGAGCUUCUAUUGUCGGAAGUCAGACCACUUGAAAGUAAAGAAAAUUUAUCCAAAGAAAAUUUAAAAGGACCUACCGAAGACGAAAUAAUGAAUGCAACUGCAAAUUUACCAAUAAAAAAUCCUUCCCGACCUAUGCCAAAUACAAGUUGUCCAGUUGAUUUUCAGCAAGAGAUUCACAAAAUUUUAAUAACUCUUGUACAAGCAUCGGCCAAAAUUCUCAUGUACAGUCCAGAUGCGGAUAAAUUUUAUAAAAAUAUUAAAGAGAGAUUAGAGACAAGAUAUAAGCCGCCAAGCGAUCAGAAAGCUGUUAAAUAUCUCAUGGACAUGGGUUUCUCGGAAAAUAAAGUCAUCAAAGCGUUACGCUUACGAAAAAUGAAUACUGCUGAAGCACUUGAAUGGUUAAUAGAACAUGAAGAUGACUCUGACGAUGAGGAUUUACAAUUUCCUGUUCUCGAUUUAGAUUCAUUAAUGGCUAAUCCCAGUACAUCAGACAAAACAGGGUCAGUUGAGCCAAAUCUUAUUAACAUUGUUGCAUUAACCUUGGAGAGCUUCCGACAAUAUAAAAAAUUGGAAUUUAAACCAACUCCAAAAAUAGUACAGUCACUUCAGGAAAUGGGAUUUGAGGAGAAAAAAAUUAUUGAAGCACUUAAAGUCACAGGAAACAAUCAAGCAAACGCUUGUGAAUGGUUGCUUGGCGAAAGGAGACGAAGUUUACAGGAUUUAGACGAAGGAAUUAAGCCAGAAGAGCCAAUUUAUAAAGCAAUUAUGAGCAAUCCUCAUAUUCAACUUAGUCUCACGAAUCCAAAAUUUUUACACGCUUAUUUAUCAAUUUUGGAAACACCAUCAUCGACAAAUUUAUGGAUUAACGAUCCUGAAGUUUCGCCAGUUCUUAGUCAAAUUUUUAAGACAUAUCACGCAGAAAAACAUGCACUUGACAUGGGUCGUUUUAAUAGCUAACGAUUCAAGAAAUUGUGUAUUUACAGCGUCGAUAGAGAUUGUCUAUAUAUAAAUACAUAUACAUAUAUAUUUUCCGAGAAAAUAUACUCAAAAAAAUAAUUUUUUUUUCCAAAUUUCUGUGAAAAAAAAACAAAUUUUUCUUUUAUACAUGCGAAUACAGAAAUUCAGAAUAUCUUAAAAUUAAUUUUUAUUGAAAAAUAAAUUCUAAAAGAAUUUUCAAUCAAUUGGAAAAUAUUGAUGAAUGAAAAUUGAAAAAAAAAAAAUUAAAAAGAUUUUUUUUCAAAUUUAAAUCAAAUUUAAAGAGAAAAAAAAAUCUUUGCUUUUUUUUUUUGAAUUUUCUGUAGAAACUUUUUUUAUAAAAUCAAUUUUUAAUUGAUCAAAAUAAUUUAUAUAAAAAUUAUAAUAAUUAAUUGGUGUCAUCUUUUUUUUGGAAAUUUAUUAUUAUAGAAUCAAAAUUGUAAAAAUGAAUUCGUUAGGAAGGAAACAAAAAACAGUAUUUAUAUAUUAAAAAAUUAUAUAGAAAAAUUUUGAAAUUAAAAUUAUUCGAAGUUUCUAUAAAAAUGAAAACUUUGAUUUGAGUAAAGAGAGUUGAAUUAUCAAGAAUUGACUUGAUUUUUUGGUGUUGCGCUCGUUAAUUAUUUUAUAAUAAUUAAUCGAGCGAUAAUGUAGACUAUCAUGUUGUUGACGCUAGUCAUUAAAAAAAAGGGAAAAAAAUGAAAAAAAAAAAAAAAAAAAAAAAAAAUAGUUAAUAAUUACUUAAGAAAUCCGCUACUUUGAGAAAUACGUCUAGCUAUGCAGGCGUAAAUAAUAAUUUAUUGAAAAAAAAUCUUUUGCUAUAUAUACCUAUGACACUGCUUCUUGUGAAUUGCGAUUUUUUUUUUGUGAUACUAUUUAUUAUACAUUUGUUUUUUUUUUAAUUUUACAUUUAUAUAUUAUUUUGUACUUGUAGAAGAGAAAAAAAUAGUUGUUUUCUUUAAAUCUAAAUAGUUAUUAUUUUUAGGAAGACUGGUUAUUUUAUAAUUAUAUCAAUAUGACUUUUGUAUUUGGAAAAUUUCAUAUAUAGCCGACGUGAAGCGAAGAUUUGAGCAUGAGCUUUUAAGAUUUGGGAGCAAUGAAAAUUGUAGAUAUACAUAUUUAUAAAUAAUUAAAUAUUUAAAGACUUCUCAUUGGAUUUUUUUUUAUAAUUUUAAAAUACAAUAAAAUUUCUAAGUAUUUUGUUUUCUAAAACAAAUUUGAAUAAUUUUUCCAAUUAAGUUUCUUUUGAUGAAAUUAUAUAAAAUCAACAAAAAUUGGUAAAUUAUUUUUAAAAUAUAAUGCGUAAAAAUAAAUUUUAAAAAUUUAUUUAUUGCUUCCAUAAUAAAGUGAUAAUUUGAUAGUUUCACGUUGAAAAAGAACUGAUGCAAUAAAAAAAAAAAAAAAAAAAAUCAAUUUUUUUUCUGAAUGUUUGCAUUUUUAAUGGUUUCAAAAAUUAUGUAUUGUAAUAUUACAUUUUUCGAAUUGUUAUCAUUGCUCAUUUGAUGUAAAGCACACAAGCAAUGCUAUGUAAUUGAAACUAGACAAAAAUAUAUUUUUUGAGUUGACAUUGUCUUUCUUUAUUAUAAUUAUAUUUUAAUUUUUUCGAUUUUUUUACGAUUUAGUCUUAAUUUAAAAAAAAGAACAAUAUUUUAUAUAGAGAGUUUAUUAAAUUGCUUAAGAUUUUUAUGGUACUUAACAGACAUUUAAAUAAUUUUUCUUAAAAAUAAACACUUUCGAUCGUAGUUUGUGUUUUUUUUUUUUUUGUCAAAUGCAAAAUAUUAAUAUUUAUAUAUAUAUAUAAAAAAAAAAGAUUUCUUAGGUUUCUAAUUUUCCUCAUCAUUUCGAAUUCCUCUUUAUUUUCUUUGUCUCAUUCAAUGGACCAAUAUCAUUUCAACCAAUAUUUAUAAAGAAAAUGCCUUUAACUUACAUUUAUAUAAACGUAGGAAAAAUAUUUACUCCAUAGAACAGAGUAAAGAUUUCUUUUAAAAACAUCAUUCUUAAAGGACUAUUAUUUGACAAUAUGGAAUAAUCGCUUACACUAGUUUUAUCAUGUCUAUACUAAAUUCUGAUCUCUAUAACUACACAUCCGAGUAAUCAGUAUUUAUUUAUUUUAUCAUUACGAUUCAUCGCUUUUCUUUGUUCUGUUUAUAUUUUCACAAAAAAAGAAAAAAAAAAAGCCUAUAAAUUCGUUGUCAAUAAAAUCGACAAUAAUGAAUUCGCAUUAUUCAUUAUGUGAAAAUACUGAUCUUACAAACAUUGUUAUAUUUAAUAAUAAAAGAAUGUCCUUCAAAACGAAAUUUCCAUUUAAAAAGAAAAAAAAAAACAAGUAAAGUGAAAGGCAACUUGUAAAAAAAAAUUAAUUUAAUAGAUAUCGAUUAGAUGUCAUACAUUUUUCUCUGAUUUACACUUAUAAGAACAAAAGCAAUUCGUCAAAUUCCCAAGUUUUAUUCUUUUUUCUCUAGACAGGAAAAAAUUUGUCAUUUUCAGCUUAUUUUUUGUGUGAAUCAGUUUUAAAAAAAAAUUAUUUCGAGGGAAUUUUACAAAUUCUUUUUUUUCCGUUAUCAUAAAUAAAAAAUAAUUGAUACUUGAAUAAACAAUAUUGCUUCAUCAAAUUGGAUAAUAUCACAAACAUAAAAAAUAAUUGUUAAUAAAAAAAAAAAAUGAAAGAAAAAAAAAAGUACAAGAAGAAAUGAGACCCGAGAAUUUUAUAUUCCUGUAAAGCUGAAAUGUAUAUCGAUAUUUUUUUAGUAGACUAGCUACUCUUGCGGUGCCAUCGCUCGCGCUUGAGCUCUUACUCGUUUUUCGUAUUCAAGUCGAUUUUGAC